CUCAGUUUUCGUGGGAUCGCCGUCAUGUUUGGAUCGCUGCUGUUGGGGAUUGCGACGCUGCUGGGUCUGAUCUACGCCUUCCUGGUGUCCAACUUUGGCCACUGGCGGCGGCGCGGGGUCCUGGAGCCCCGGGUCCUUCCCCUCCUGGGCUCCUUUCCCAGUAUGGUAUGGCCACGCCAGCACUUCACCAUGGACAUGCGCGAUAUCUACAUGCAGUACCGGGAUACGCACAGCUAUGUGGGUUGCUUCCUACUGCGUGCACCCAAGCUGCUUGUUUUGGAGCCACGCCUCGUAAACGAGAUAUUUGUGAGCGCGUUCAGCCACUUUGAGGACAACGACGCCUCCAAGAUGGUGGACAUCGCCAAGGACCGCCUGGUGGCCCUCAAUCCAUUUGUGCUCGAGGGCGAUGAGUGGCGCCGCCAGCGGGCGAUCUUCUCCACGCUGCUGACCAACGGUCGCAUCCGCACCACCCACGCCAUCAUGCAGCGCGUCUGUCGGGAUCUGUGCGAAUUCAUCGCCAAACAGUCGGUGGAUGAGCUGGAUGUCAUUGAUCUCGGCCUGAGGUUUACUGGCGAAUCCCUGUUCGAUUGUGUGCUGGGUAUCCAGGCGCGUACAUUUAGCGAUAAUCCACUGCCGGUUGUCCGUCAAAACCAGGAGAUGUCCGCGGAAAAUAAGGGAUUGGCCAUUGCCGGUGCCGUCGGUGGCCUCUUCCCAAAUCUUCCGCGCCGUCUGCGGCCCAAGAUAUUUCCCCGGUCCUACGAUCGCUUCUUCGGCAACCUAAUCAGCGAGGCACUGCGUCUGCGAAGGUCCAAACACCAGGAGCGGAACGACUUCAUCAACCACCUGCUCGAGCUGCAAAGGGACCUCCAUCUCAGCGAGGAGGACAUGGCCUCGCAUGCCAUGACCUUCAUGUUCGACGGCAUGGACACCACCUCCAACAGCAUUGCCCACUGUCUGCUGCUCCUCGGUCGCAAUCCGGACUGCCAGCAACGUUUGUUGGAGGAACUCGAGGAGGUCAAUCCUGGCGGGGAUCUGCCGGAUCUGGACGCGUUGAUAGACCUGCCCUAUUUGAGUGCCUGUUUUAAUGAGAGCUUGCGCAUUUAUCCAGCUGGCGGUUGGGCCUCGAAGACCUGCACGAAGGAGUACGAAUUGCGGGGUAGUCACCAUUCGGUGCCGCUCAAAUUGCGACCCGGUGACAAUGUGAUGGUGCCCAUUUACGCCCUGCACAACGAUCCAAAUUUUUAUCCGGAACCGGACGUAUUUCGGCCUGAAAGGUUUCUGGACGGCGGAUUGAAGAGCUUCAAGCAGCAGGGCGUUUUCCUGGGCUUCGGCAACGGACCGCGACAGUGUGUGGGCAUGCGGUUGGGAUUGGCCCUGGCCAAAGCCGCUCUGGCGGCCAUUGUCCAGAAAUUCGAGAUCCUGGUCAGUCCUCGCACCCGCCACGGCACCGAAAUAGAUCCCGCCAUCUUCGUGGGUGUCCACAGGGGCGGCAUUUGGCUGGAGUUCGUCCCACGAUAGAUCUAAACAGGAAAGUCCAAAUAGAAAGAAGUAUUAUAUCUGGGAAUCCAUCUGGGAAAUAAAAUAGGUCUCGUCUAAACAAAAAUAUAAGUCGAUAGGGUUAAAACUAAGAAAAGGGUACAAGUUUCAGCUUUGUUGGAACAUAAAAAUAUUGGUCUAUAGCUUUUAAAGGAAAGCAAGGAAAGCAAUUAUAUCUCAUGGAUAUUAAAAAAAUUAUAUUAUUUUAAAAACAUAUAGCACAAUUAGUUUAUCUCAAAUCCAAAUUUUAAAAACCAAUAUCAGAACUGAGCAAAAAAAGUCCAAAUAGAAAGAAUUAUUUAGUCUAGGUAACUAUUUGCGGAAUAACUGAAGUCUCUUAUGGUCAUAAAUAUACCCAAAAUUAUCUGUAACACAAUGAGGCUUAGAACUGGUAAAAAGGGUAAAAAAAGUUCCCAUACUUUUACCUUUGGUGGAAAAGCCAAGAUCGGAAAUGACUCUAAAGCCCAAUUGGUAAAAGUAUUAAGUCUAGUGAUCCAUCUGGGAAAUUACAGAAGUCUCUUCUAACCAAAAGAUAUUUUCAAUAGCUUACAAGAAAUAAAAAGACAUUUAAAAGUAAUAUUUCAAGCAAUACCUUAUACAGCAAUAGCAAAUUUUCAACCAUAACUUCAAGAUCAUAGAAAUCUUAGCAAUUAGUUUAUUUAAAAUACAAAUUAUAAAAGUUGAAAUCAAAAUAUGCAUAUUAAAAUAUGAUCAAACAAAAAACGUGGUUACUAUUUGAUUUAUAUUCUUUACUUGUUUUUUUAAGAAGUUGAAUUUAGUAUUAAGUUACAUGUUUUAAAAUUCAAAUCAAAGUCUACAUUAUUGUUUUUUUUUUUAUGCAGGGCUGUCCCGACAACUUUUCAAUGAUUUCAUUGUAAGCAUCGUUGGCUCAAUAAAAAUUAGAGUGGGUCAUCGUUUUUGUUAGGCUCAGGGUUUAGCUGCAUUUAAAUGGGAAUUAUGUCAUCGAGCGGUGUCCAAACACUGAUGUAUACAUCAAUAAGGCAAUAAAUGCAUUCAAAUUAUUUACACUUAAAAAAAUAUAAAAUAUAAAUUCAUAAAUACCUUAACUAUUUUAUAGCGUUAGUACUCUGUUUCUCAAUCACAAGUAUACGCCAAAAGAAAUUAAAAAAAUUCAAUCUUGCCUUAG